GCUUUGGAGCUGCAUUUACAGACUCUUGGAGUGGAAACUUUCUACUGCAUUUAUUCAAAGUGGGCCAAUGACUCUCUUCAUAAUCUUGGGGAUUUGCCUUUCUUGUUUGAGUCUUCUUUUCCUAUGGAAUCAGCACCAUGGCAAAGGGAAACUCCCACCUGGGCCCACUCCUUUUCCAGUUGUUGGAAAUAUUUUGCAAAUGGAUAUUAAAAAUAUCAUCAAGUCUCUGAACAUGCUAGCAGAAGAGUAUGGCCCCGUGUUCACUGUGUAUCUGGGCAUGAAGCCCACGGUGGUGCUGCAUGGAUAUGAAGUAUUGAAGGAAGCUUUGGUUGACCGGGGAGAUGAGUUUUCUGGCAAAAUGCAAUCAUCAUUAAAUCGUGAAGUCGGCCAAGAGUUAGGAAUCAUUUUCAGCAAUGGAGAAAUAUGGAAGCAAACACGGCGUUUCUCCCUCACAGUCUUACGGUCUAUGGGGAUGGGAAAGAAAAGUAUUGAAGACCGAAUUCAGCAGGAAGUACUUUGUCUGGUGAAAGCAUUGAGAAAAACCAAUGGGUCUCCAUGUGAUCCAAACUUCCUUCUGGCCUGUGUUCCCUGCAAUGUGAUCUGUGCUGUCAUUUUCCAGCGUCGUUUUGACUACAAUGAUGACACUUUCAGAGGCUUCAUGAAGAAAUUUCGAAGAAAUAUUGAAAUUUUAACAUCUCCUUGGGUCAAGCUGUGCAGUGCAUACCCUGUGUUAUACUAUCUCCCAGGAAGCCAUAAAGAGUACAUUAAAAUUUGUACUGAAAUAAAAGAGUUCAUUUUGAAGGAAAUAAAAAGGCAUCAAGAAACUCUGAACCUCAACAGCCCUCAGGACUUUAUUGACCACUUCCUGAUUAAAAUGGAAAAGGUACAAGGGACCCUGACUUACUUCUGCACAUUUUUGUGCAUUCUGACUCAGUUUUCCUUUUUCUCAGUGAAAUUGGGAUGUUCAACCUAAUGUUCCUUCUAGCAGUAUUCAUUAUUUGUCAAACCAAUUUCCUAGGCAAGUUGUAUAGAGUAUUCAGAGAUAAUUAAGCUGGG